AUGGAGCUGGUCCGUGCGCGGCUGAGCGACUGGACGCCCUCGGCGAUCGAUGCCGUGUGCUUCGCGCCGGAGGCGUCAGGGUUGAAGCUGCUGGCACUCAGCCGUCAGAACGGCAGCGUGGAGCUGUGGGACACGGAGACGUGGCACUGUCGCCUCUCCAGCUGCCCCACCAGCCCGCCCGAGGGGCGCGCGGCGGUCGCGCUGCUCUGGGCGCCGGAUUUGGCCUCGGCGGAGGGGUGGCGGCUGCUGAGCGCGGGGCUUCAGCAAGAGAUCGUGGAGUGGGACUUGGAGACCAUGGCAAUCCUAGAGACCACGACCUCAGGCGCCGGCGCGAUCUGGGCGCUGGCCUUGGAGGGCCAGACGAUGGCGGCCGCCUGUGAGGACGGCACGUUGCGGCUCUUCAGCUUGGCCGAGGGCAGGGGCUCGGUGGUGCACGUGCGGCGCCUGGCCGUUGGGCAGAAGCGCCUGCUGAGCGUGGGCAGCUGCGAGGGCUUCCUCUACACCGGAGGCUCGGAGAGCCGAGUCAGCAAGUGGUCGCUGGCCACUGGCGUGUGCGAGGGGAGCAUGUGCGUGGAAGAAGCUGGAAAAGAGCAGACCUUGGUUUGGAAGGUGGUGCCUUUGCCCGAUGAGAUGCUGGCGGCGGGGGAUAGCUUGGGCUUCAUGUACAUCUUUGACACGGUCGCCUGCGUGGCCCUGCAGCGCUUCGCGCAGCACCAGGCGGACGUGCUGGCGCUCUGCGCGGAGGGAGACCUCCUGGUGAGCGGCAGCAUGGACUGCCGGCUCUGCCACUUCCACCGGCAGCGGGGCUCACAGGAAAGGUAUGCCUUCACUGAAGUGAAGACGUGUCACUCUCACGACAUUCGAGCCAUUGCGAUUGACCCGACGAAGGACCCCGACCACUGGACUUACGUCUCGGGGGGCGUCGCUGGAUGCCUCGUGGUGCAGCGGGUCUUCCGAAAGCUUGGGCAGGAGGACCGCACAGCAAGGCGGAAGGCACAGCCCCGGGAGUGCAGCGCUUUUUCGAGCUUCUUGCAGAAGGCGGAUGUGGCACAGCAACGACGACUGGUCUUGUGCCAAAUGGAGCAGAAGCUGGAGCUCUGGCACCUCAAGGAGCCCACGAGCCAGCUGCUGCAAGAGGACGAGUCCUGGACUCCUUCCAAGCCACAGCUUCUGAUCUCCCUCAGCCUGAAGGCCCAGGCCGCCACCGCCACCCCUGGGCUGUGCUCUUCGGCGCUGUCGCCGGAGGGCGUGCGCGUGGCGGCCAGCGACGCGGGCGGCACGCGGCUCUUCGAGAUCGACGUGAAGGAACUGCAGGUGCGCCGGGUGAAGGCCUUGCCGACGGAGCUGGCCCAAAGUACCAUGCGCUGCAUGCACUUCAGUGAGGACCGCUUGAUUUGCGCGCGCUGGGAGGGUGGCAUCCGGGUGCUGGAUUGCAAAGCAAAGAAGAUGAUCGCUCACUUCAAGGAGCACAAGGCCCCCGUGACGCUCCUGGCGUCGGCGCCGGGCUGGCUGAUCUCGGCGGAUGUGGCAGGGGGAGUGAAGGUCUUUGAUCUGAAGACUCUCAAGCUUCAUUGCUCCGUCCCCGGUCAAGACAUGGCCACCGCCAUUGCAGUGGUGCAGAAGCCCUCCCCGCGGGCAGUGGUGGUAACGGCGACGCACCAGUUGAAGGUGUUCGACCUGGAGUCUCAGAGCCUCCUGCACGAGCACGAGAUUCCGCGCAAGUUUCUGGCGCACCAUGCGCGCGUCUGCGGCGUGGUGUCCUUCGACCAGCGACCGGAGAAGCUGAUGUUAUGGGGCCAUGGCUUUGUUCUAGCGGUGACUCUGGAGCAGGCGAAGGAGUCAGGACCCGUGUGGCGUGCUUGGCCAGAAAGUCACGUCCUGACACUGUCGCCGGUGAACGCGGACGUGUGGGGCACCUACACCGCCGCGGCCCAGCGCGAGGAGCACGGCGCCGUGGAGGGUACCGAGCCCAUGGUGGCUCUCGCGGUGGAGGUGACGCCGGAGAGUGUCAAGCAGCGGCUGCCGCCGCCCUUCGAGCGGAAGAAGUUCAACAAGCGGAAGCGACAGCGGAUUCUGCGAUUCUUCUGCUCGUACCUCCUCCUGGUCCAACAUGGGGAGGUCUGGGCACCCUGGACGGUGGAGAAGGCCUUGCAGGCGGAGGACGGGCAACUCGAGACCUGCGCCUCACGGCAAGCGUGGGCGAAGCAACAGCUGGCACAGCUCAUCGGAGGCGCUGGCGCAAGCGAGUCAGCGUGCGAGUGGCCAGGCAUCGAGCACGUCUCCAGCAGUUCACCAGUGACCCUGUGGCAUUUGUGCAGAAGAAUCCCGAAUGCAGGAGCAGAUUGCUCACUGGGAAGCAGCUGUGUUUCCUGGUUCUCUUGCAGCACAUGGUCUCAGAGGAUUGCGUAG